AUGGCACGAAUAUUCAUCACAGGAUCAUCAGACGGCAUCGGUCUGGUAGCAGCCCAGACACUCAUCAAGAAAGGCCACACAGUAACUCUCCAUGCUCGAAACGCUCAACGCGCACAAGACGCUGAACGCGCAUGUCCAGGCUCAGCAGGGGUUCUUAUCGCCGACCUCUCAUCAAUUGCUCAAACCAAAUCCCUCGCAGCAGAAGCUAACAAAAUCGGCAAAUUCGAUACUGUGAUCCAUAAUGCUGGCAUUGGGUUCAGCCAAGGGUACAAGAAGACAGAAGACGGACUUAGCGAUGUAUUUGCCGUCAAUGCUUUGGCGCCGUAUAUCCUCACCUGUUUGAUGGAGAAACCAGGAAAUCUGGUGUAUGUGAGCAGUCAGCUACACUCCGGUGGUGAUGCUCAGUUGAGGGAUGUGGAGUGGAAGACAAAGAGAUGGAGUGGGAUGCAGGCUUAUAGUGAUUCGAAGCUCAUGAAUGUUCUGUUGGCUUUUGCGGUCGCGAGACACUGGCCAGAUGUUGCGAGUAAUGCCUUGUCGCCAGGCUGGGUAAAAACGAAGAUGGGAGGCUCAGGAGCGCCUGGCUCUUUGAGCAAAGGCGCAGAAUUGCCUGUCAGGUUAGCUGAAAGUGAUUCGAAAAAGAUUGGAAGCGGUGGAUACUAUUCUGGCUCGGGAAGAACGGAACCAAAUUCUGCGGUGAAGAAUGAGGAGACCCAAGAAGAGUUCUUGAGAGUCUGUGAGAGGAUAUCUGGUGUAAAGUUUCCAAAGUAG